AUGGAUUGUCCCAAAUUAAAGAAGCCUUUUAAGAAGUUCAAGAAGAAGGCACUCAAAGCAACAUGGGAUGAAUCAAGUGACUCCGAAGAUGAGGAAAUUAGUGAUCAAAUUGCCCAAAUGUGCUUCAUGGCAAUGGAGGAAAGCUCUAAUGAGAUAAUUUUAAAUGAUGAUAUUAUUGAAUUUUCUUAUGAUGAACUUGUCAAUGCACUUAAAGUCAUGAAUGAUGAACUUGAGUUAAGUCAUAAGGAAAACAAACUUUUGAAAAAGGAACUAGUUAGUUUGAGGAAGGAGAAUGAGACCUCAACUAAAAAUGAUAAACCUUUAGGAAAGGACAAACUUGAUGCAAUUUUGGAUUCUCAAAGGUCUCUAAGCAUCAAGCAUGGACUUCGCUAUAGCAAAUUUGCUCAUGCACCUCCUUCCAAGACCAUCUUUGUGUGCUUAAAAUCCUUAAGGCUUGAAAGUAAGUGGUAUUUGGAUUGUGGGUGUUCAAGACACAUGAUUGGAAAUGCGGACCUUUUCCUUUCACUUGAAAAGAAAGAUGGAGGUAGGCAAGUGACCUUUGGUGAUAAUGGUAAAGAUGUCAAGUGUUUUGUUUCUAUUAGUGAUGACUCUCAAACUUGGUACAGAAGGCUUGCACAUGCUAACAUGGACCUUCUUGCAAACUUGAACAAUGAUGAGUUAGUUGAUAGGCUUCCAAAGAUCAAGUUUCAAAAGGACAAGGAUAAUUUAGAUAAAUUUAGCUCCAAAAGAGAUGAAGGUGUCUUCUUGGGUUACUCUAUAUCUAGUAAAGCAUAUAGAGUCUUCAAUAAGAGAACCUUAGCUAUUGAGGAGUCAAUGCAUGCUAUAUUUGAUGAAGCUAACCCCUUUGAUCCUAGAAAGGAUAUUCCUUGUGAUGAUGAUGUUGUAGGUAAUUUUGAUGAGUUGACCCUUGGAGAUCCUCAAUCUAGUGGAAAUCAAGAUGAACUCAAGGAAGAUCCCUUGAAAGAUUUGGGAAAUGAUUAA